AUGGCAUACCUGAGCGAGUGUCGCCUGCGACUGGAGAAAGGCUUUAUCUUGGACGGGGUGGCUGUGAGCACCACUGCCCGCGCUUAUGGGCGCUCUAGGCCCAAGCUGUGGUCGGCGAUUCCGCCCUACAAUGCGCAGCAGGACUACCACGCCCGCAGCUACUUCCAGAGCCACGUGGUUCCGCCUGUUUUGCGGAAAACUGAUCAGGAUCAUGGCGGUACAGGAAGGGAUGGCUGGAUUGUAGACUAUAUCCACAUCUUCGGGCAAGGACAGAGAUACCUCAACAGGAGAAAUUGGGCAGGGACAGGGCAUUCUCUCCAGCAGGUGACUGGGCACGACCACUACAAUGCUGAUCUGAAACCAAUCUAUGGGUUCAAUGGAAGGUUUGGCUACCGCCGGAACACUCCAGCCCUCCGUCGGAGCACGUCCGUCUUUGGAGAGGUCACCCACUUCCCUCUGUUCUAACAGCAUCUUUUCCCUUCCUAGCCAUCGACCUGAAUUUCUAAGACAAAUGUUUAGAUGAACUCUUAAUGUUAUUUUACGUUAAAAAUUUAAUUUGUGUCUC